AAAAUAAUAAUAAUAAAAUGAUUACGGGAACACAGUGAAGAGAUAGUAUUAUAGAAGCGAAGAGAGAAAUGGCGGUAGUAGCAGCAGUGUUUCAGUCCUCAUCACCGCACAGCUUCAACUUCAACUCUCACGCCUUACUCAGAUUCUCUUCAUCAUCAAUCUCAGCUUCAUUUCCAAUCCCUAAUUCCGCCAUUUUCUGCCGUGCCGCCAAUUCCCGCACCGGCCCCGUCAAAAGCAAGACCAAGAAGAAGAAGCGCAAAAACAACGCCGACGAAUUUCCCCUCCCAACCUCCGAUUCUUCCGAUUCUUCCCUCCGUUAUCCUUCCGUGCCGUUGCCCGAACCUCCCGCCGGAUUCGUUUUGGACGACGGCGGAAACGUUAUCCACGCUUCCACUAAUCGACUCGUCACUGUCGUUGAUACUACGAAUGACCUUCCGUUGGAGUGUGUGAUAAGGAGAGAAUUCAAAAGUUCCGAGAGAGAUGAAUGUAUGUUGCUUUGCCCUGUUGACACGCCUGUCCAAAUAUUGAAGAGCACGAAAGUUGAUGGAUGGUCUGCUAUCAGUGAUGAGGAAGUUGAAUCUAUUCUGCCUGCUGCAGCUUAUGCACUUGCAAAGAUACACAUGCAUCUUGUUUAUAGUGGGUAUUGUUAUACAGCACGUGGUGGCUUUUGCUACACAGAAGAAGACAUAUUUGACUUUCACACAGAUGACGGCAAAGGAGUAGAUGGCUUGCCAACUGAAGGUGUAGAAAUUACAUCUUUCAACCUGGAAGAUGCCCAGUACAUGAUUUACACACCAUCUGAUCCACUUCUUUUUGUUGCUGUGAAGGGUGAGAACGGGAUGUUAUACAUUGCUGAUGAUCUAAUGGUAACAUUUCUGAACAGGAUCUGCUCGAGGAUCCUGCUGUUAUUGAUGCCAUAGAUGAGGAGACUGAAUUUAAUGCCUUGGUGGAAGAAGAAGCUGCACUUAUAGAAACAAUGAUGAAUGAAAGAUAACCUUGUAUACUUUUUACUUUUAGUGUUUAUCUCUGGAAUGCCGCGGCCUGGUCUUACUGCAAAUAUGUGGCGAUGGAUAGACUGACCCUACUGUGUGUAUAUGAUCAUUUUUGUUUAGUAUGGGAUAAAUCCCCCUUGGUGUUUUUGUUUAGUGAGGGUAUCAAUAGAGAACGGGUUCGUUGUGUUAACCUCCUAUUUUUCUUGUUCACUGUUUAGUGUUGAACUUGUACCUAUCGAGAUGUCUAAUUAGCCAACAACACAACUUUCAUCUUUGAAACUAUUUAAGAAAAUAAAAGUAUUGAUUUUGUUAAA